UUUUUUUCUUUUUUAGUCCUGUCAGAAGUCUCCCAGUCACCAAUUGUUUUUUUUAAUCCUGUUAUGAAACUCUUGGCCACCAAUUUUUUUUAGUUCUGAGACAUAAUGUGAAUUCUUUUUUCUCCCUUCCUUUUUUAAACAGCUAAACUGUAUCACAGCUGCAAAAGAACAGGAACUGUUGGUAUUUAGCAGGAGUGGCUCAGCUGUUUGCAUGACGUCAUUCUCAGCCUUGAAGCCCUCCUGCUGAACGGAGGUGAAGACAACAGAAGACUGGUGAGGAAAUUGCUGAGAUGCUAACAUCAAGAUUGCGUGAGCACAACAUCGACCUCAAAGAUUGCAGAGGGCAAGGGUAUGAUAACGGAGCCAACAUGGCUGGAAGAAUUAAAGGAGUAAAAUCCAGAAUCCUGGAGAAGUAUCCACAAGCCAUUUUUUGCCCCUGUGCUGCACACUCUUUAAACCUUGUUGGCGUGCAUGCAGCAUCCAGCUGUCCUGAAGUGAAGACAUUUUUUGGAAGUGUGAAUAGAUUGUACGUCCUGUUUAGCAACAGUCCUGAGAGGUGGCAUACCCUAACUGAGGAAAUUGCUGGUUCACUGCAUGGUCUAAGUGACACUAGAUGGAGUUCAAGAGUUGAAGCAAUUCGGCCUGUCGCUAAGAAGCUGCCAAGCAUUCUCCAAGCACUUGAGAAGAUAAUUUCCUCUAGAAGGCUUACAAGUGAUGCACAGUCAGAAGCUGUGGGGCUGUAUAAUUAUUUUUCUUCUUUCCGUGCAAUUCUACUUGCAACUUUUUGGCUAAAAGUUCUACAGUGUUUUGAUGAGAGGAACAAAAUUCUGCAGGCACGGUCAGUUUCCAUGGAGAUUGGAGCCGCAAAUAUAAGAGCAUUGGCAGAAGAAAUGAAAUCUCUUAGAGAAAAGUGGCCUGCUCUACUCUCAGAGGCUAGAUUGGUUGCUGAUGGCAUGGAGAUUCCGGCUGAACUUAUGAACACACAACAGAUUCGCCGAAAGAAGUCACAAACUCCUGGUCAACUGGAAGAUCCUGAAGCUGUUUUUAAAGUCAAUGUUUUUCUCGUGACCCUGGACACUAUCAUUUCUGACCUAGAUCAGAGAUUUAAAUCAAUGGAAGAAAUAUGCAAUUUAUUUGCUCCAAUAUUGAAGUUGAGGAAGCUAACAAAUGAAGAUCUAGAAGCAUCCACCAAGUUGCUGGUUGCCAAAUACCCUCAAGAUCUUACAGACUCGUUACUGGAUGAGUUACAACAUCUUCGUAAGGUCUACAAUGAAACAUUUGAAGGGUCUCUUGGUCAACUGGAAUUAUUAAAUUGUAUCUAUGACCUGCAGCUUGAAGGCAUAUUUGGACAGGUGUGUGUUGCCCUUCGUAUCUUCAUCACACUUCCUCUGUCAGUGGCUGAAGGAGAGAGAGCGUUCAGCAAACUGUCCUUGAUUAAAAACUAUCUACGGUCAACAAUGAGUGAACAGAGACUGAAUAGCCUGGCAAUGCUUUCUAUUGAACACGAACUUGCAAAUCACCUGGAUUUCAAAGAACUUAUCAAAGAUUUUGCAAGCAGUAAAGUGAGGAGACUUUGAGCCCUGUGUAUAUCACUAUUUGCAAUAAGCUUCAGGAGAACAUGGUUUUACAAAGCACUUGACACUUUCAGUCAUAUCUUUUUGAGUAUCCUGGUUACUUCAUCAAUCAUGUACCACUAGAUUUCUAUUUAUACUUCUAAAUGUUAUUUAUUCAUACUAAUAAAAGUUCUUAAUUUUUUAUUGUAAAAAUAGUUUUAUAUCGCGUACCACUAGGUUUCUAUUUAUACUUCUAAAAAGUUAAAUGUUAUUUAUUCAUACUAAUAAAAAUUCUUAUUUUUUAUUGUAAAAAUAGUUUUAUAUCUUAUUUAUUCAUACAAAUAAAAGUAGUUAUUUUGUUUGCUAUAAAAAUAAGUUAUAUAAGGCCUAUAUGUUUACAAACAAUCACAAACUGCCAAUGCACUUUAUAAUCAUCCAGUGGUUAGAUCAUGAAUCAUGUACAACUAGGUUUCUAUUUAUACUUCUGAACAGUUCAUACUAAUAAAAGUUCUUAUUUUUAUUGUAAAAAUAGUUU